GCUUUCUAUACGAUAAUGUAGUGAAUAAAAAUCCUUUCUUUGUUGCAGAGCAGGAUUAUUUCGCCUAUGCCCACUCACCCCUCCAGUUUCCCGGCCUUCUUCAAUUCAAUUUGGUCUAAAAACCAAACAUACAAACAAGCUCAGCUGUAGAUUGAUUCUGGAAAUGGGAAAUUCAAACUAUGCUUCAUGAUUGUGAGCAUUUGAGAGAAGAAAGUCAGGCCAUGGAGUAUUUACAGGAUCUUAUAGUUUAUCUUCUUAUAAGAUUCUCAACUCCCUUAUGGUGUACUUUGAUUUCUGGUGCUUUUGUGCUUCUAACCUUAUCUUUGUCUUUCUACCUCUUGUUCGAGCAUCUCUCCGCUUACAAGAAUCCUGAGGAGCAGAAGUUUUUAAUUGGGGUUAUCCUUAUGGUUCCUUGUUAUGCUGUAGAAUCGUUUGUGUCGUUGCUGGAUCCGUCGAUUAGUGUUGAUAUUGAGAUAUUGCGGGAUUGCUAUGAAUCGUUUGCUAUGUAUUGCUUUGGAAGAUACCUUGUUGCUUGCUUAGGUGGGGAAGAAAGAACAAUUGAGUUUUUGAACAGAGAAGGUCACUCAAGUUCUAAGGCACCCCUUUUAGAGCAUAGUCAUGAAAGGGGAACCAUAAAGCACCCUUUUCCUAUGAACUAUAUCCUUAAACCAUGGAGGCUUGGUCAGUGGUUUUACCAAGUUGUAAAGUUCGGUAUUGUUCAAUAUAUGUUAAUAAAGUCCUUGACAGCAGUUUUAGCUGUAAUUCUUGAAGCCUUUGGUGUAUAUUGUGAAGGAGAUUUUAAAUUGAGAUGCGGGUAUCCUUACAUAGCGGUUAUUCUAAAUUUCAGUCAAUCUUGGGCAUUGUACUGUUUGGUGCAAUUUUACACUGCCACAAAGGAUGAACUUGCUCACAUAAAACCUUUGUACAAGUUCCUGACGUUUAAAUCAAUUGUAUUUUUGACCUGGUGGCAAGGAGUGGCAAUUGCUCUGCUCUGUUCUCUUGGUUUAUUCAAAAGUUCUAUAGCUCAAGGUCUGCAAUUUAAGUCAAGUCUUCAAGACUUCAUCAUUUGUAUAGAGAUGGGCAUUGCUUCUAUUGUUCAUCUGUAUGUGUUCCCUGCCAAGCCUUAUGAGCUAAUGGGAGACCGGUUUCCUGGAAGUGUUGCAGUUCUUGGAGAUUAUGUAUCUGUUGAUUGCCCGGUAGAUCCUGAUGAGGUUAGAGACAGUGAGCGGCCAACAAAGCUACGCCUUCCUCAACCUGACAUUGAUGUUAGGAGUGGAAUGACCAUAAAAGAAAGUGUACGAGAUGUUGUUGUUGGUGGUGGUGGAUUUAUUGUGAAUGAUGUGAAGUUCAUCGUAAACCAAGCUGUGGAGCCUGUAGAAAAGGGGAUUAUAAAGUUCAACGAGAAAUUGCAUAAAAUUUCUCAAAAUAUGAAGAAACACAACAAGGAAAAGAGAAGAACAAAGGAUGAUAGUUGCAUAGCAACAGCUUCACCCGCAAGGAGGGUCAUUCGUGGAAUUGACGACCCUCUUUUAAAUGGGAGCAUCAGUGACACUGGGAUAGCAAGGGGGAAGAAACACCACCGUGAGACAUCAGGACAUACCAGUGGAGAAAGUGGAGGAGAAAGUAGCAGCGAUCAAAGCUAUCUUAUCAGAGGUCGUAGAUGGGUCACUAAAGAUUAGAGUCCUUUCUUUUUUCAUCUCUUUCUAUGGAAACAAAUUCAGGGGUAUCAGAUCAAGGAUCGAAGAACAACUGGACCUAACAAACUCAGAAAGAUGUCUUGUACUGGCAUCCCAAUCACACGAGCUAUUAUUUUUCUUCGAUGAGAUGGCUGUUGGCUGACAUGCAUGAGAGCAUUUUACUGUUCGACAACGAGACUGAAGGUUGGGGCUCAAAUUUUCAUCUGAGGAAAUCUUUUCAUCAGCUGCAAGAUCCUUCACAUGGGCUUGCUAGACAUGUAUCUCAUAUUUGGUUUUUGAAAUUGAAAUGUUGUAUAAACGCUUAAAGAAAGCCAUUGUUGUACGUGAAAACCUAUACAGCAAUCGAGCUACUUGGAUGCUUGAGGCAUUGCCUUGUAUGGAUGCUUGUUAAAUUAAUGUGUUAAUGCAUAUCAAUAUUUCCACUUGACAA